CUGAGUUUCGGGAAGGGAGAGGAAAGGGGGUGGCAUAAACUGAUGUGGACAAGAUUAUCAGAAUUGUUCUCCCAUGAUAAGAAGUAUAUGUGAUUUAUACAGUCUUUUUUUUCCCGGAUUGCUAAGGACAUACAUGUUCCAACGUUUUGGAGAAUAACAUUUUCCUGAAGAUUGAUUGAGGUUCUAUUUUCUCCCGGAUAGAAAGUAGCCUACUUCCUGGUUACAUUCAACUGCAGUGGCCCCCUCCCCAGACAGUAAGCAUGGCGGUGACCCCGCGGCGUGUUCGGCUCAAGCCCUGGCUAGUGGCCCAGGUGGACAGUGGGCUCUACCCAGGCCUGGUGUGGAUCGAUCGUGACAACAAGCGUUUCAGGAUCCCCUGGAAACACGCUACGCGCCACACCCCCCAGCACGAGGAAGAGAACACCAUCUUUAAGGCCUGGGCGGUGGAGACAGGAAAGUUCCAGGAGGGUAUUGAUGACCCUGACCCUGCCAAGUGGAAAGCCCAGCUCCGCUGUGCCCUCAACAAGAGCAGAGAGUUCAACCUUGUCUACGAUGGUACCAAAGAAGUCCCCAUGAACCCCCUGAAGAUCUAUGACGUCUGUGACAUCCCACAGCCCCUCAGUAACCCAGGAUCCUCAGAUUCUGGGUCCUGGACGCCGAAUGACGGUGAUGAAGAUGAACCAGGUACUCCAGAGCCCCUCCCUCCUUAUCCAACAUCCAACGGCACCAGCCCCGCUCUAAUGUGGUCUCCUCCUGGGUCAGUAUCGCCCCUCCACCCCCCCAGCUGCCCACCUAGCUGCCCCCCAUCAGUUGAAGAGUGGCCCAAAGAGGAGGUUAAGCCAUGGCCCAAAGAGGAGCCUUUGGAUGUGGAGAUGCAGCCUUCCCCUCUGGAGAUGGCGCCCCCUCCUCCACUUGACAUGCCUUCCCCUCCCAUGCCUGACAUGAUGUUCGCCUCCCCAGAGAUGUGGAUCAGCUCCUUGCCCAUGACAGACCUGGAGGUGCAGUUCCAGUAUCGGGGUAAGGAGGUGUGUCCAGCCAUGACAGUCAGUAAUCCCCAGGGCUGCAGGCUGUUUUACGGGGACCUGGGCCCCAUGGUCAACCAGGAGGAGCUGUUUGGCCCUAUCAGCCUGGAGCAGCUGAGGUUCCCCUCUACCGAGCACAUCGCCAACGACAAGCAGAGGGUCUUCACCAACCGCCUACUGGACGUCAUGGACCGAGGCCUCAUCCUGGAGGUCAGCGGCCAUGACAUCUAUGCCGUCCGCCUCUGCCAGUGCAAGGUGUACUGGUCAGGCCCCUGUGCACCCAACCCCAAUGCACCCAACCUCAUAGAGAGGCAGAGGAAGAUCAAGCUGUUCUGUCUGGAGUCCUUUCUCAGCGGUGUAAUAGCCCAUCAGAGGGGCCAGUCAGCCAGCCCUCCUCAGUUCGACAUCAACCUGUGCUUUGGAGAGGAGUGGCCUGACAGCAGACCCAGGGAGAGGAAGCUCAUCAUGGUGCAGAUCAUCCCUGUGGUAGCACGUAUGAUCACUGAGAUGUUCUCAGGCGACUGCAUGCGCUCCUUCGACAGUGGCAGUGUGCGCCUGCAGAUCUCCAUCCCGGACAUCAAGGAUAACAUCGUGACCCACCUGAAGCAGCUGUACCGCCUGUUGCAGACCCACCAGGGCCAGGAGGGCUGGCCUCAGGCUCUGUCCCCGGGGGCUGGCAUGAGCCUGCCGCAGGCCCUGCACGCCCAGUGAAGCAGCCCAGUCCACCACAGCCCUAAAAAGGCCAGUCAGUCUCAUACACAGCUCUGUCUGGACACUGUCUUCUUACUGCUGCCUCUCUACUACUGGGCCAUGAGGGGACCUGUAGUCAGCAAACUAGUACUUAUGUUUAUAAAGGCAUGUUCAUCAGAAUAGGAAAAGGGAGAGGGAUCGCUUCAAUAUAGCCUUUUUUCGUUAUUUUGCUAUAAUGUUAGCUGAGAGGGGCCAUGUGUAUAUAUUGUGGUAAAUGCUGCUAACAGGCAUUGUAAGACUACCACUGUGGCAGUCAGUAAAACAUGGUGUGAUAGUGUCUGUCUGCAGUUGUAAAGCCCCAGGGCCUUGUACUCUAUAUGGACAGAACUAGAGGAGCAUUGGAUGGCAAGGCAACAUUGAACAUAGUCAAUGAGUUACAGGCAUAACCCUGUACCCCAGUUACACAAUACCAGUCAGUGAUCAAGCUUUGUCCAUGUCAUUGUUAUGUCUGCUACCUGUUUUUAACCCAUGAAGAAUAUCUCUGACGUUUCAGUGCUAAAGCAAGAUAUUUAUAUAUUUUUUCUUCUUUUGGAGAAAAAACAAGCAAGUGGUUAAUCUAUUAUGUGAACUUUUAUGAUUACUCAAGUGGUUAUUAUACGUUUGUAUCUCAUCAUGACUGCUGAGAUCCAUUCUAACUGUUCCUGCUAGGUAUGUGAACAGUAUCCUAUACCCUUUACUUGUUUUUUCAUGCUAAUACUAGUGGAUAAGAUCAGGUAACAGUAGAUGAUUUGGUAAACCAAAUGGAUUGUUUAUUUUCUGUUAGACCUUUUCACCAAAAUAUUUAUAAUUUUAUGGAAUUUAAACCUUUUGUUUUGGUCCAUGAAAUUAGUAUAAGGGGUGUCACUGCACUUUUUGGACAAAAUUGAGUCUUGUGGUUAGAUAGCAUUUCAUUUUUCAAUAACUUUUAUCCUCCUAAUGAUUUGUAUUGUAUUUUUUUAAUUAUAAAAAUGUCCAUAACUAGGCAAGUGAUCAGCAAAAAAAUUUAAAUGAGGCGAAUCAGCAAUUAAAUGUAUUCAGUAAUGAAAAAGGGUUUGAUUCAAAUUGACAAAAAGUCAUACCAUAUUCCUGCAAGUGUUUUUAUUCAAUGGUAUUUUAUGUCAGUUUUACUGUUCAGUUAUAAAAGUGGCAAGUGUGUCAGCUAUACUGAGGCUAUAUGUAUUUGAUUAUUAUGAAAGGAUGAAACACGUAUGCAUGAACAUGAUGCAGUAACCAUACAACGCAUUAGAAAUACACAUUUACUUCAAGAUGACAUUUUCAAUGGAUGAUAGAUAUCCUUCGCUAUAAUGUUGACUGCGCUAUACAGAAAACAUUACAAGUAAAAUGCAAUAAACAUAUUUCCCAAAACCCUCA